AUGUAUCGCUUCGGUGGCAUGAUUUUCCUCUUGCUGGCCGUUCUCCCAUUCCUCCACACCACAUCAUUCUUUGGACAUGCCUCGAUGCCGCUGCAACCCGUCAGCGGCGGAGCGAUUCCUGCAGAUCCUCAUGCGGUUAUCUUAGAUCGCAGAGCAGACAGUCCCACCGCCGUGUGUCAACGAUGGGCGCAGAUGUCUGCCGUGGUGAAUGGCACUCUAUAUCUUUAUGGAGGACAAGCCACGACCGAGUCGAGCCAGACCGAGAAUACGUGGAAUAACAACUUUCUCUCGCUCGAUCUCACCAAGACUUGGCAAAUCGCGACGCCGGCGCUUGAUGGCCUACCACAACCUUCCGGACCACCGAAUGUCUCAUUGGGAUCAUUGUGGAAUUCAUACGACUCUCUCUUCUUAUACGGCGGACAAUUCUCAUGGAAGCCUGCUGUCUCUCCGACACCUUUUUCGUUGUGGGAGUAUGAUAUUUCUGAAGGAUCCUGGAUCGAGCACAGUGACCCAAAUACUGCCACCGGAGUCAGCGCGCCUUCUGAUGAUGAGCCUGUCCAGCGAGCUGCAGAGGGCGCAGGCGUGAGCGUGCCAUCGAUCGGACGAGCGUUCUAUUUCGGAGGACAUCUCGAUGGGUACACUACUCAAGGAUGGUCACAGAGCGUUGCUAGAGUGUAUUUGCAGUCAUUGUUGGAGUACACAUUUCCCGGAUAUUCCAACAACCAAAUCACUGCACUCAACAGUGGUGAGGCUGCUCCGGCAGGUGGAGAAUGGAGGAAUGUCACGGAAGGUGGUGUGCAAUCUCUGCCUGGCUUCACCGAACGUGCGGACGGACUGCUGGUCUAUGUCCCUGGAUUCGGCGCCGAGGGUAUCCUCCUUGCGAUGGCUGGAGGUACCAAUGAGAGCUUUACCCAAAUGAACAAUAUCAACGUGUACGACAUCGCCAACUCGACCUGGUACAUACAAGCCACCUCCGGCGAAACUCCCAACAUCCGCGUCAAUCCUUGCGCCACCAUCGCAGCCGCACAGGAUGGUUCAUCCUACAACAUCUACAUGUUCGGCGGACAGAACCUCAUUCCAUACGGCAAUCAAACCCAGUACGACGACAUGUGGAUUUUGACAUUACCUUCCUUCACCUGGAUCAAAGUCGACCAAGGCGGUCAGUCCGUUCCACCUGGUCGAUCUGGACACACUUGCAACGUGUGGGAUGCGCAGAUGGUCAUGGUGGGAGGCUACACCGGAGAUCAAACACUCACCUGCGAGAGUCCGGGAGUCUACGUCUUUGACAUGAGCAAUCUACAAUGGGUCAAUCAAUUUACAUCGCUGUCCCGAGGCGAGAGCUCAUCCAACUCCCGUGCCGCGGCGGUGACCGACAGCAAUGGACAGAAUCCCCUCGCGCAGCAAGCCGGCCAAAAGUACACCUCCUCCUCCCCCGGAGGUCUCCAAGGCAGCUUCGGCUACCUCGUCCCGCAAGCCGUCAUCGACGUCGUCGGCGGCAACCCCUCCGGCUCAGCCACCCUCACCACCCCCAUCAACACCGCCACCGCCGGCCCCCUCGCGACCGGCAAACCCAUCACCUACGACAUCUCCAACACCACCCAAACCACCGGCGGCAACAACAACAACUCUUCCUCCUCUUCCUCCUCAGGACCCAACAUCGCCGCCAUCGUCGCCGGCUGCCUCGCGGGCGCCCUCUUCCUCAUCGCCUGCUACCUCGCCUUCUGCACCUACGUCUACCGCAAACAACUCCAGCUCUACAAACGGCACGUGGAAAUGUCGCAGGCGCAAGCCCGGGGGGAAAAAGUCCCCGGUAUCGCGGGGUUGCUUUCCUCUUCGACGACGAACCCAGGUUCGACACCGAGUGGGAAGAUGACGCCUAGUGACUCGAGUUAUGCGACGAGGGGUGAAGGCGGUGUGACGCCGUGGUUGACGAGGACGAGUGAGGGCGGGGCGAGUUCGUCGCAUCGGAGGAGUGAGAGUGGGGGUGGUGGUGGUGGUGGGGUGGGAAAUGUGGCGGGUGGAUAUUCGAGUUUGAGGAGGAAUAGUAAUGUUAGUGAUGGGGAGGAGGAUCUGCUGGCGGGACGGGAGCCGAGUUUUGUCGGGGUUAUGGUGCAUCCGAGGAGGAGUUUGAGGGUGAUUAAUCGGGAUUGA